AUGCAUCCGCCCCUUGGUGCGAUGGAGGCAUCAAGCGACUGCUCCUCCGCAUGUACGGAGUGCGUGCAGGUUUACAGCCACUGUGCUCUGCAGCGCAGAUACUGUACUCUGCAGUACAACGACUGUACUCUGCAGUACAACUACUGUAAUCUGCAGUACAACUACCGUACUCUGCAGUACAACGACUGUACUCUGCAGUACAACUACUGUAAUCUGCAGUACAGCUACCGUACUCUGCAGUACAACGACUGUACUCUGCAGUUCAACUACGGUACUCUGGACAAGCCGGACGCUGCCUCAGGCCGGACGCUGCCUCAGGCCGGACCGUCCAGCUCACCGCUGUGUCGUCCUUUUCUCGCCACCCUCACCCUUCUCACCCUUCUCACCACUCCAUGGCGAACCUUCAACCUUCACCUCCGUCCACCCUUCGCACCCUGCGGGCUCGCUCUCCAUCCCGCUCGUCGACGGCCCGCCAUGCCGAAGCGGACGCGGGACUCCCUCUCCGCCGCCGCCGACGAUGCCGAGCUGGACCGCCACGCCACGCCUCCGUCUGGCCCCGGCAGGACGCCGAGCUCUCGGCCGAACGCUGCUCCCGCCCGUCGAAGAAUCACCUCCUGUGCCGCUUGCCGCAAGCAAAAGAUCAAGUGCGAGCUGCCCGCCGAGGGCCCGCCGUGCGCGCGUUGCAGGGCCAAGGACGUCGAAUGCAUCAUCGACUUUGGCCUCCGCAACUCCAUCCUCGACCAGAGGCAGCUGGCCGUCCUGAGGAGAGAUCUCGGCCACGUGCACGCCAACCUCGACCGCGUCUGCCGCCAUCUCCGCCUCGACCCGCCGCCGCCGCUCGAGACGCCUUCGUCGGCCGCCCAUCUCUCUCUCCUGCUUCCUCGGCGGGACGGGGCCUUUGACGGAGCCUUUGACGAUGGCGACCAAGCCCCCUCCGAACCCUCGCCGCGCCACUCGCCCGCCGCCGUCGAGGCCCCCGUCGACGCCUUCCUCGCCCCCCAGGCCGCGCCCGCCUCGCCGUUGCGGAGCGACGCCCUCCGAUGGCGCCCGACGCCGAGGCGACCCGACAUGGUUAGCAAGGGCCUGCUGACCGUCGACGAGGCCGACGUGCUCGUGAGCUACUACCUCACCCAGCUGGACCCCGUCGUCUACGGCGUCGCCGGCAAGCAUCGCACCACCCGGUCGGUCCGCGACGCCUCGCCGGCCCUCCUCGCCGUCGUCUGCACCGUCUCGGCCCUCCACCUGGCCGACAUGUAUCGCCAUUACGACGCGUGCUACCGCGAGUUCCGCUGCCUCGUCGCCGCCGCCACCUUUGAGAAGCGCGACCUCGAGCACGUCCGGGCCCUCGUCGUCGGCGCCUUUUGGCUGCCCGACGCCUCGCGCGUCCUCCUCUGCGACGCCUUCCGUCGGGCCGGCGACGCGCGCCUGCACCGGCACAUCGCCAGGGCCUGCGCCGACGCCGACGCCGACGCCCGGGACCGCGUGCGGCUGUGGUACUGCCUGUUCAUGUGCGACCAGCACCUCUCCGUCCUGCACAACAGGGACGGCCUGCUGCGCCUCGACCGCGAGAUCCUGGAGAGGCGAGACGAGUUCCUCGCCGCCGACGGCUCGACGGCCCAGGACGUCCGAACCGUCGCCCAGGUCGGCCUCCUCGUCACCAUGAUUCGCUCCAAGCAGACGUUUGGCUCCGAGCGCCCGACGCCCGUGCCGGAGCCCCUGGCCGGCUGCGUCGAGGGGUUCGUGACGGAUACCGACCUCUGGAUCCGCAAGUAUCCCCUCCUGUUUCAGUCUCGCGACGACGCGUCGCUCGGCGAGUUCCCGCUCUUCGGCUUCAGGCUGCACCAUCUCUUCGCCAGGCUCUAUCUCGGCCACCACGUUUUCCGCGGCCUGCGGGCGAAUCCGAUACCGGACGUCUUCCUUGCCGCCGCCCGCAUGGCCUACGCCUCGGCUCUCGAGAUCUUCAAGCUCGUCCGCGACGAGGCCGGCCUUCGCCGCAGCCUCGUCAAGGUGCCCAGCUACAUCCACAUCAUGCUCUCCUUUGCCGGCCACUUUCUGCUCGAGCUGUCUCUCAAGCACCGGGACCAGCUCGCCAUCGCCGUCGAGGACGACUACCGCUGCCUCGGCUCCGUCGUCUCCUCCCUGCGGGAGAUGCGCAUGACGCCGCGCCAUCCCCUCUCGCGCGUCGCCGACGGCCUCGCGAAGCGAAUGUUCGAGUUCGCCGCGGCCUACGGCAAGGAGCUCCUCGCCGAACCCAGCGGCACGCCGAGUCUGGGAGUCCAGCUGGCCGCCGCUUGGCCCGCGUCCCUCCAUCCGGCCUCGGCUCAUUCCCACGCCGACCCGACUCCCGUCUUUGAUCUCGAAUCGGCCGUCAUGCCUGACGAGUUUUCCUACCUCGACUACGGCGACUUUGCCCUCGCCGAGUCGGCCAUGUUUGGCAUCCUCUAG